CCGGGCCAGCGCUCGAUCCCCGGGCGUCUAUCUCAGGGGCACACCAGCAGCCUGUGGGGCGCCUGCCAGCUGCACAGGCUCCGCUCCAAAGAAGGACAGGCACUCAGUCCAGCGAGAACCUCGUCAGCCACCACGCGGACCGAGGCAUGCUGGGUGUUUCUCUUUCGAGCACAGUUUCGGCGAUAUAUUUCCUAAAACCCUUAGGUCCCAUGAGAAAAGGCCGGGACUUGGAACCUUACACCUACUUGGCUAAAUUCCCUCUAAAUACAGACCAGCAGUUUCAUGCUGGGACUCCGGUCGCGGGAGGGAGGCGAAGAAAGACCUCGGAUUUCUAGAAAGUUUUAUUGCAGUUGCUUCUGAAUAGUUUCGUUUUUCUUUUUGGGGGGACCUGGAAGUCAAAGCCCACGUUUCUGGACGAUGAACCGCCCCUCUCCAGAUGCUGGCUCUCACGACGUUGCUGGAGAGAGAAAGCUGUACGUCGUGGAUUCCAUAAAUGACCUGCACAAGCUAAACCUCUGCCCUGCCGAAUCCCAGCACCUGUUCCUGCCCACGGAGAAGGUCCCAGGGGGCGGCGCCGCCUCGGGAAGCGGGAGCUACGGCCUGUUUUUCCUGGGGCUCAUCGUCGUGCUGAUCCUCAGCCUGGCGCUCGUCUCCUUCGUCAUAUUUCUAAUAAUUCAGACUGGAAACAAGAUGGACCACAUGCUGCGGAGACUGGCGGCUGAGGGAAAGGACAUAGAUGAUCUCAAGAAACUCAACGGCAUGAUUGUAAAGCGGCUCAACCAGCUGCACUCGCGACAGAACUGAAGAGAGGAUCUUCCAAGAGCACCUGCUAGCUCCAUGCUUCUGCCGGGCUGGGCGUGCGCGGGGCUGGGAGCCCGGCUUCUCUGCCGAGGGUGGAUUAUCUGGACAGGAGGCCCGCCCUGGGGCCAGCUUCCUGCCGCAGGGAUGUGAGCAACUCCGCGGCCGGCGAAGGGGUGCAUAGUGGCCACAGGGGCUCAUUUUAUGGCCAGGCCCUGCAGCUUUAAUGGGGUGAGGUGGGUGGCUGGCAUGAAGGGCAACCAAUAAGAAGCAAGAGAGUUCAGCCCUAUAACGCAAUGUCCUGACAGUGGUGCUCUGUCACCAGAACAAGGUCACUGUCCCAGCAAGGUGUGGGGUGCCUCCCGCACCUUCCUAAACUCCCACAGGGAAGGACAGCAUUUGUGGUCCAGGGAACCAGAGGACAGGCAAUCUUUUUAAUAAAAGACAUUCUGCUCAGGUGGUUAAACGUGGACUCUUAUUUCCCCAGGGACAGGCGACGGGCGGACGGCAGGGCUGGUUUCGUCCUGGUAUUUGCUGGUAGUCAUGUGUGUAUGGUGGGGAAGGGGGGGUCAAAGGAGAGACCCAGUUUAUUCCACCAGCGUUUAUGGAGCUUUCUGCACACUGCCCACUGUAGAGAGGCUUACACGCCAGUGGGGGACAGAGGAGAGGUAUCAUUGUAUGUAAACAUAGAAGCUUUGUUGGCUUGGUUUCUCACACACAAAAAAC